CUGCCAUUUCUUCUCCCUGCGAUGUCGGAGACGGCGCCUGCGGCCACCGCGGACACUGUCCUGGCUCCAAUGGAGAAUCCCGCACCGAAGAAGAGAGGGAGGAAGCCGGGGGGCCUGCCGGGCUCAAGUCGCAAGGCCCCGAGCCUGUCCGUGUCCAAGCUGAUCACGAAGGCUCUCUCGGUGUCCCAGGGGCGCAGCGGCGUGUCCCUGGCCGCGCUCAAGAAGGCGCUGGCGGCCGCCGGCUACGACGUGGAGAAGAACAACAGCCGCAUCAAGCUGGGCCUCAAGAGCCUGGUGAGCAAGGGCACCCUGGUGCAGACCAAGGGCACCGGCGCCUCGGGCUCCUUCAAGCUCAACAGGAAGGCCAUUCCCGGGCCCGCCAAGAGCAAGGUCAAAAAGCCCGCUUCUGCCAAGGCCAAGAAGCUGAUCUUAUCCAAGGAGUCGAAGUCCCCGAAGAGUGCCAAGCCCAGCAAGAAGGCCGAGAAGCCCAGGGCCACGGCAGCUCCGAAACCAGCCAGGAGCGGCAGGAAGGCUAAGGGAGCCCGGGGCAAGCAGCCCGGGAAGAGCCCGGGGAAGGCCAAGAUCACCCAGCAGAAGACGCGCACCAGGAAGGUGGCCUCCAAGAAGUAAGCCGGAGACCGGCUGAUUCCCAAGGAACCCAACGGCUCUUUUAAGAGCCAUCUCAAGUUCUUGAAAAAGGGCUGGGCACUGAGCUUAGAAGUUCAUAAGUAGGCCACUACACGUCUAUUAAAAAGUUUACUUUUAAGAUGUUCGAAAGUCUCAUCAGAUGUGCAGAUCAGUAGGGAUUCCAGUAUUUGAAAAUUAUU